AUGAGGAUUCUUCAUACAGUCGAGGAAGUUAUCCAAUGGAGGACACAGGGGCUUAGGAACAUAAGAUCCAAAGGAACUAUUGGGUUUGUUCCAACAAUGGGUUGCCUGCACCCAGGCCAUGCUAGUUUGAUCUCGCAAUCUGUGAGGGAAAACACAUACACUGUGGUUAGUAUAUUUGUCAAUCCUUCUCAGUUUGCCCCCACAGAGGAUCUAGACAGUUAUCCUCGGACUUUGCCAGACGAUAUCAAAUUGCUUGAGUCACUGAACGUAGACGUUUUGUUUGCCCCUACCAUGCAUGUGAUGUAUCCACAGGGAAUCCCGCUCGACGUAGAAAAGCAGAGAGGGCCCUUUGUCAGUGUCCUUGGGUUGAGUGAAAAAUUGGAAGGGAAGACGAGACCUAACUUCUUUAGGGGUGUGGCGACUGUUGUUACCAAGCUAUUUAACAUUGUCAUGGCUGACGUGGCCUACUUUGGCCAGAAGGACAUUCAGCAGUUUAUUGUUUUGCAAUGUAUGGUGGAGGAGCUGUUUGUAAAUACAAAGUUGCAAAUGAUGCCCAUUGUUAGAAACAGCAAAGGGCUAGCUCUAAGUAGUAGAAACAAAUAUCUCUGUCCCGAUUCUUUAAAGAUCUCUGAAAACCUUUAUCGUGGACUGCAAGCCGCAGAAAGCGCCAUAAAGAAUCUGGCACCAGGGGCACGUCUGUCCAGGUCAGAAAUCAUCGAUACUGUUACUGAGAUAUGGGCCACCUAUAUUGAUUCUCAUGACUUCAAGGUAGACUACGUAUCCUUAGCGGAUUUUAAGACUUUUAAUGAGCUUUCCGGUGUUGAAAAAACUAGUAAACAGCAGCCACUGGUGAUUAGCUGUGCCGUAUACGUUACUGACCGUGAAAAGCCGGACACAGUUGUUAGGUUGAUAGAUAACAUCGUCAUUUAG